AUGAAUAUUCAAAAUUACUCAAACAAAGAUGACAAAAAGAAAACAUUAUUGAAACCAAGAAUACGAUCCUCUAGUAAAGAAGCUACAUAAUAGCUCACUUAACCUAGAAUUGCAAUUUAAAACCCUCCUGUUUAUAGAAACACAACAGCUGAUAAACAUAGAAAACACUCUGUAGAUAAUAAAAAAUAAGUAAAACCUAAAAAGAAGAAGAAGACUCAAAAGAAUAUAUAAUGUAAAGAUAUAUCCUAUUUUAUAAAGAAUUAGAUAAUUAAGAAGAGUAAAAAUUACUAGAGGAAGAAUAAAAGAGAAUUAGAGAUCUGGAAGAAUUUCAAAGAUAAUAAUGGGAAAAAAUGACUUAAGAAGAAAGAGAUAGAUUAAAAAAUGAAGAAAAUGAUAGAGUUUAAAUAGAAAUGAUUUGGGAUAAGGAAAUACAUGAAUAUAAAAAGAAAUGUUUAGAAUUUGAUGAAUGGAAUAAUUAUAUAUCCUGUAAUACAUAAAUAGAUCCAAGAGCAGAAAAGGAUUUAAAUACAAUUAUUUAUUAAUUAAGUAGUAAUAAUGAUGAUAUUUCAUUAAAUUAUAAAUAGAUUGAAUACAUUUCUAAAAUAAUUUACAUUAUUCAAAUAGCUCAUUAAGAAGAUUUAAGUUAAUCAAUAUUUAAUAAGUAGGACCAUUAUUUUAGAUAUAUUGAAAAAUUAAAAUCAAUUAUAAGUACUAAAAUAUAUGAAAUCAUAAAACACUUUUAUAUUCAUUACGAGAAUUACUUGGAAGAAUUAAAUCACAUCUGUAUUAAUAUAUCCUCUAUAUAUAAGUGAAACAUUAAUACUUUAUGUUAGAAUUUAAUCAAGAAACGUAAUAAAGGAUUUUAUAAAAAAUUGCCUAAAAGCCAGAAGAUAGAGUUAAAUAUGAAAUCUUAAAAUAUUCAGAACUUACUAAUUCAUUUAAAGCAGCCUUUUGGUAUUGUCCCUUAUCAAAGAUUGGAUAUAGAAUAAAGCCCAUUGAUUUCUCUUAAAUAUCUAAUCUUUAAAUUGAAAUACCAAGAUAAUUGGCAGGACAAAGUUUAAUUUAUUAUAUUACAUGGACUAAUCAUGAUCCUUAUGUGUAAUAUAAAUAAUACACAUAAUACUUACCUAUUGGUGGAAUAUUUUAAAAUUGUUGUGUUAAUUUACCAAAAUUAUCAAAAAAAACUAAUGGCUGGAUACUCAAGCCUACAUUUACUGAUUCAUAAUUAUAACCUUUAAAAUUGGCUUAAGGAUUCUAGUCAUAUAGUUGUUUCUUUUAAAUAUCAAAUUAAUACUAUUUACAAGAUGCUAGCAAAUUGUUUGUAGUAACAUUUUAAAAUGGUUAAUGGACUCAAGAAGGAAUUGAAGAUUUAAAAGUCAAUAUUGACACUCGAUCUGUUUCAUUUUCAUUAAAAAAUCAAUACCCUUUUAUGUUGUCCACUUUAAGAUUUGCUGAUUUUCCAUUUAAAACCUGGAAAAUAACUUCUCUAUCUCCUGAUAAAGUCUAUCUAAAUAUAACAAGUAAUAAUGUCAAUAUGAUUAAUUAUAGCUUAAAGAGAUAUUAAUAUUGGAAUUGAAUUAGACAGUAAAUUAUCAAAAUUAGUAAAACCUACUAGUCUUGCUUAAUAACAUUUUCAAUAACCAUUGCCUAUAAUAGAAUUAUUAUUGAAAUUAAGAAAUAUUGGAAUAAAUUUGAUAGCCUAAGAAGAGGAUGCAAUUUGUUUAUAAACAGUGUUUAAAAGAUCAGAAGUUGAAAAUCAAGUAUUAUUAAAUUUAAUGUAAACCUUAAGAGGUAUAUCUAUUUAUAUAAAUUAUAGUUUAUUCGUUCAAAUAAUCAAAAUGGAAUUAAAAAUGUGGAUCAGAUUAAAUUAUAAUUCAGUUUAUUGAGAAUCCUACUUUUAAUUAAGAUUUUGAAGGGGAUGAUGAAUUUUAAUGGAGAAAUUUAGAAUUCUAAUUAAAUAAAGUUGCUCUUUUGGAGUGUAAUGAUAAGAGCGAUAAGUUAUCAACUAAAUGGUCUAAAAAUACUGUUAGUCAUGCUAAUUUAUUAAUUUUAAUUCAAUAGCAUUAAAUAACUCCACCAGAAUUAUAAUUUUAUAUCGAAGAAAUUCAGAAUGUAGAAUUAAGAUCAAACCUUAGAACCAUGCUCAAAGUAAUGAGAUUAUUAGCAAUUAAUUGA